AAUACACGAAGCGUCUGUUUUUUUCCACCCCACGGCGUAUGUAGUUGAACACUUUUAUCACGUGGCCUUGCUCUUUUCCCUGCCGUUAACUUCUCAAACGUGUUUUUUUUUAGGGAAACAUUGUAGCGCUGCCAGAAAGCGCGAGCACGCAUUGCUUGAAGUUGAUGUGUGUUUGUGCGUCACUGAAUUUAAUUCUUACAGCCAUUUCAUCUCUGAAUGGGAUGCCAUCUGUCUGCUCAGGAACGGCGCAAAAAGAGUUUCCAAAUAAGAAAAUGCUGACUAAAAUAUGUGCAUCAUUGAACAGUUUGCUGACAUUAAACUACCCCCCCCCCCCCCAUACAUUUCUUCCUGUAUCAUAAAUCAAAAUUCCACGUGUACAUAUGCACUGUUUAAGGAAACAACCUUUCUCAUCCGCUGUUAUGUAACGUCGGCAUUAUAUACAGUAGCCUAGCUUUUUGUACGGUUAUAUCUUUAAAAGUCCACGAGUGGGCUGUGACCUUCACAACAUCCUUCUCUUUAAAGGUAUUGUGUCACGGUGCCUCUUAUCGCGCCCAUGUCAGUAAGGCACUUAAGUGAUUAAUUAAUUACGUGGGCUGUGCGUAAUUAAUUACCAUUUGAUCACCAUAACUAUUAUCUCUGGUCACGGUAGGGCGAUAGAGGGUCUAUGUGAGGGCAACCGGGAUUUUAUAGUGGUAUAUUCUGCCCCAAUAAAACUAUUUUCAGUAAAAUGUCACGUAGUAUUCGGCUUUGAGGUUUAUAUAUAGAAUUGACGCGUGUAUAUGCCUAUUUAUAUAUACGUCUAUGUGUGUGAGAGAGGGAUUUUGUGGCAGUUUAUAUAGGCUAUUGCAGUGUACUCAAAUACUGAACACGUCCGAUGGUGUAAUUCAUUCAUUCGUUUCUCCAAUUUAAUUUCCAAGCGUAUUCGCUUGUAAAAUGCUUCUAAAUACACAGUUGCACACAGAGGACGUAGGCUACUGUUCGUGUAUAGAUGCAGAAUAUUAAAGUAGUUGCUCGAAUGUUUUAUUAGUCACUUUAAUUGUUUCCUGUUGUUUGUGUCAUAAACGUGCGAGGGUUAUAAAAAUUUUUUAAAAACGAAUAGGAGAAUGUCCAGUGGUUUUUUUUACUCCCAGACCUUGGCUGCCACAAGAGUGGGUGUGGAGAGGAGCAGAAAUCAAUUACAAUUAUUCUUCGUUGACAUAGUAAUUAAGACUGGAGAGGCUAGUUAAUGUAGGGCGGAAAGCCUUAUCUGUGCCUCGCGCAGAUUUAUUGCCGACGCCGUUAUUGUUCAUUUCAAACGAUUAUCCGAGGGUUGCAUUAGGUCUAUACGGGGAGCCUUGAGCAGUUUUCAAGGCAAAGCCAACCCUUUACGAAUGAACGGUUCCGUAGCGAACACAAAAAACGUAUAUACUAUAUUUAGAUUAGGCCUACACAGCACAAAAACGGCUAUACAGUUCACGGAAACGUACACUACGUUUCUGAGAAACAAAAAUGUGUGCUAUCCCAAUAAAGUUUUAGUGUAGGCUACCUAUAGCAUUUUGGCGAUGGCGAUGUUCUGCUUUGUUUUAUAGCCAAGUGUCUACCGCUAAAUAUAGAAAGUGACGCCUUUGUGGUUUGCGCAGCCUAUACGUUAUACGUGAAAUCUUCUAUUUCUAUUCACGUUUUAAGUCUAAGUCUUCGAACUUGUUUCUUUUUUCCUUUUUGUCAAGUUUUGAUCAAUUCGUGCCUCAACAACGCACUGAGCUAUGUUCAUAUAACGCCUGUGUGCGUGAGUUCAGUUUAAAUACUAAUACAUGUUUAUAUUGCUAAAUACUGUAGCUGAACACUUUAAUUAAUAACGAAUACAAGUGAAAUUAGUAUAAUUAACCGAUAUAAACGUGAUAUAGGCUACGGCACGUUUACAAAUAUAGUUUAAAAAAAUAAAAUAAAUAAAAAUGUAAUUGUAAAGCGAAAAAUGCUGACUUGAGUAUUUUACUAUCAGCGUUCAAGGACCGCAAUAAACAGAUUAAACUGAACGGUCGUUUGGAAAGUGUAUUUUUUAGCCAAGGCUUUGAGCUCAUUUAUUUCAAAUGACAGUUACCGGUUUUUUUUAAGUGUCUUUAUAAGUGGAUAUAUACAACAUGGCUCCGACAAGGGAAACGGUAAUAUUUGGUCUAACACACAGCUGUGAGAUAUAUGGAACUUUUUGCCCGUUUAAGUCCAAUGAGCAGUAAGAAUGUACAGCCUGUACCGUAGCCUACUUGCAAAAUAUUUCCAAUGAACGGCGAGGACUUUCGUCCGUUCCCAGGAGACCGGUUUAUUAAUCAGCUGCAAAUGAGUCAGUCCGAACACGCACGCUCCUGGACGAUGAGUGACAGCUAGCCGGCGCUUGCGCUUGUUGUCCCUUUAAAAAUCUGAAUCCGAGGCUAAUGAUUUAUCAAACUCUUAUUAUCAAGAAAAUGUCAGGCGAAGGGCACCUCGCUGUGCACUGACGCAAACCAAAUCUUUUCCACGGAGCUAUAGAAAGCUUUGCACUUGCCACUGCUAAAUUCAGUCUAUAUUGUCUUUACUGCUGUUUUCUUCCGUGGACCUAUCUGUUGCUGCUGCGGACAUGGAUUUUUGCGAAAAGAGAGAUUUGCCCAAGCAGCCCGUCAAUAGCCCUGCCAGAUUUGAUUCCUUACCCCAACCCGAAGGAGCUGGUGGACUUACAACAAACAAAUUCGGCAAUGUCCAAAACCUACCUCCCGACUCGCAGUCUGCGUAUCAGUCGCAGGCGACAGACGAGAGGAAAACUUUUUGUCCGGCAGAAAGCAAGCAGAGGGAGGCCGACGGCGAAAAGGCGUAUGGGACGUUUAAAAACGCGGCUCCUGUGCCAGUUCCGGCUAACUCUGCCCUUCGAAAGGAUUCCGGCGGACCCGCGCCACCCAAAACGGAUGGUUCUACAGCUGUUCAUGGCGCGCUGAUGUCCUCGCAUGUCACGGGCGCAUUGCCCAAUCAAAGCGCUGUCAAAGGCACAGUGGAGCAAAACAAUGCCACGAGCAACUGGGCUUCCAUGAGUCAGACCACCGUUUUACUCGGGACAGAUGGUAACACUUCUGUUAUGUCUGGCGCCACUGCCGGGGAUGACGACGAUGACGACGGAGGGGAUGAAAACAAAGCAAGAGGAAACUGGUCAAAUAAACUGGAUUUCAUUCUCUCAAUGGUUGGCUACGCGGUCGGUUUGGGUAAUGUGUGGAGAUUUCCAUAUUUAGCCUUCCAAAAUGGAGGAGGUGCUUUUUUGAUACCGUACCUGGUAAUGCUGUGCCUCGCCGGGAUCCCAAUAUUUUUAUUGGAGGUUUCUUUGGGUCAGUUCGCCAGCCAGGGACCUGUAUCUGUUUGGAAAGCGAUUCCAUCCCUUCAAGGUUGCGGGAUUGCCAUGUUGAUUAUAUCUGUCUUAAUAGCCAUAUACUAUAAUAUUAUUAUGUGCUGGACAUUGUACUACCUGUUCGCUUCGUUGAAGGGCUCACUCCCAUGGGCUAACUGUAGGAAUUCAUGGAACACACCGGACUGCAAAGACAAAGACAUGCUUUUAUUAGAUGCCUGCCUACUGCGGGAGAGGAACAGCACCUCUAUAAGGAACACUACCUUCUGUCUGUCGGCCAAUGCCCUUGGCAAUCUAAGCAAACUCACAAACUUCACAUCAGAGAAUAAGACCUAUGUCAGCCCAAGCGAAGAGUAUUUCAAGUACAAUGUGCUGCACAUUUCUAAAGGGAUUGAAUACCCAGGGGAUAUCCGCUGGCCCCUGGCACUGUGUUUAUUCCUGGCGUGGGUCAUUGUGUAUGCGUCUCUGGCUAAAGGAAUCAAGUCAUCUGGGAAAGUGGUGUAUUUCACGGCUACCUUCCCCUACGUGGUGCUGGUCAUUCUGCUGAUCAGGGGAGUCACUCUACCCGGCGCCGGUUCUGGCAUCCUCUAUUUCAUAACACCCAAGUGGGAAAAACUCAACGAUGCAAAGGUGUGGAAGGAUGCUGCCACUCAAAUUUUCUUCUCCCUGUCUGCAGCCUGGGGUGGACUCAUCACUCUGUCUUCCUACAACAAGUUCCACAAUAACUGCUACAGGGACACCAUCAUAGUGACGUGUACGAACAGUGCCACCAGCGUCUUCGCCGGCUUUGUCAUCUUCUCCGUGAUCGGCUUCAUGGCUCACGAGCUGAAGGUGCCCAUCGAGAAGGUGGCCGACGAAGGCCCAGGCAUUGCCUUUGUGGUGUACCCCGAGGCCCUGACCAGACUUCCCCUCUCCCCCUUCUGGGCCAUCAUCUUCUUCCUCAUGCUGCUGACACUGGGGCUGGAUACCAUGUUCGCCACCAUCGAAACCAUCGUGACUUCCGUGUCUGAUGAGUUCCCCAAGUACCUGCGCAAACACAAGCCCAUAUUCACGCUCGUAUGCUGCCUCUGCUUCUUCAUCCUCGGAUUCCCCAUGAUCACAGAGAGUGGGAUGUACAUGCUACAGCUGGUGGACACCUUCGCAGCCUCAUACUCCCUCGUCAUCAUAGCCAUUUUUGAACUGGUGGGAGUCUCGUAUAUAUACGGCUUGCAGAGGUUCUGCGAAGACAUCGAAAUGAUGAUCGGGUUCCAGCCGAACAGGUUCUGGCGGAUCUGCUGGGCCUUCGUGACGCCGACGAUUCUCACGUUCAUCCUGGGCUUGAGUCUGUACCAGUGGAAGGUGAUGACCUACGAGGACUACACCUAUCCCACCUGGUCCAUGGUCAUGGGCUGGCUGAUGGUCAUCUGCUCGGUCAUCUGGAUCCCCAUCAUGUUCGUCAUCAAGAUGUACCUGGCCCCCGGCUCCUUCGUCGAGCGGCUGAAGCUGGUGUGCUCCCCCCAGCCCGACUGGGGCCCCUUCCUGAUGAAGCACCGCGGGGAGCGCUACCGGAACAUGAUCGACCCCCUGGGGACAAACUCGCUGGGGCUCAAGCUCCCGCCAAAGGACUUCGAGCUGGGAUCCCAUUACCAGUAGUUGCGGUCCCUCCCCCUCCCCCUCCCCCUCCCGCUUCCCUGGCCCCGCCCCCGCCCCCUCCCCUUCCCCCCCGACCCCACGGCAACCGGCUCACGGGUGGAAGCCCCGCCCCUUUCCCUUUUCCUCCCUCUCCUUCCCGUCUCGAGUCUUCUUCGCGGAGCCAGGGCGUGGCUUCCCGUCCGGCGCCGUCCCCCCGCGGCUCGGCCGUCGUUGUUCUUCACGGUGAGCGGCGGCUGCUUGGUUGGCACGGCGAUCCGCGUAGAACCCCUUUGACGGGGAGGUUUGUCGGAGCGAUUCGUGUUUCCCAUUGGUCAGACCUCUCCAGCCAGGCCCCGGACUCCACAGGGCCUCUCUCUCUCUCUCUCCAGAUGUGGUUUUCAUGUUUUUCAUUUUUCUGUGCCUUUGUGGUAAAAGGUCAGACGUCCCCAGAAGCACAGAAUGCAUGCCCAAAACCGCCCACAGCGGUGAAAUGGAGAACACAACAGAAUAUUUGGUGAUUCUGUGCCAGUAUUUGGACUUUGCACACACACACAUACACACACAAACACGCACACGUUCACCUUCUUUCUCGCUCACUUUCUCACACACUCAACAUAUCUGCUUACUGGUACUGUACACACACACACACACACGCAAUAUCUGUUCACUGGCAACAGAAUAGCCAGAAAUACAUUUUAGAUGUUCAAAUGCUGAGAAAACAAUCUUUCAUCUAUGCCUGCUUUUUACUGUUUUGUUUCCUUUUGGUGUGUUUUCAAUGGGAAACCACUGCAUUGGGUCUGUGUGAAUCCUCACUUUUGGCUUUGGGGUAAUUAAUUAUGCCCAAACUCUGACGCUAUGUGAACUCUUCAAUACUUAUUCUCCCUUAUGCUGUUUUAGAAUGAAGCACAGUGGUAGCAUAGGACACAUGGAGUGCUUGCUUUUCUACUUCUGAACAUGCAAAGCCACCCAGCAAAACUAUUUAUUCUUUGCGAUGCUAAGCUAUAACCCGUAGCCAUAUAUUUGUGCGUUAAAUAUAGUAGAAUAUUUAUUGUUGAACAUUAUAUUGUUGUGGUCUCAUUGGGGAAUUUGUGUAUGAACUCCUCUUUCAUCUUCCAUAGAGGUAAGAAAAGAAGAGAGACUGUAUAUCAUUCUUAUUUGCCAACUGACUGUAUAAUUGUAUCUUGUACAAACUGACACUUUUUAAAAAGUGGUCUCUGUGUCCAUGUGCUGAGUGUUUGUGUUUGUCAUGUCCCUAUGAGUAUCUUUUGAACAACUAUUAGUCAUGAUGAUAGAAUAAGAAUAGGAUAGCGUAGAGUUUUUCUAGAAACUUCAUCGGAAGUCCCGCUGGGACUUCCUUGGUCUCCGUUGCCAUGUGAACCGUCCGUCUUUGUUCAUGUAACAGGGUCUCAGGUAAAUUUGAGUUCAUCAGUCGCAUUUGUAGAUUUGUAGCGCAUGAGGCAACCGUUUAGGUAGUGUUUUUUUUUUGUUCGCUCUUCCGGCAUACCGUUUCCCGAGGGGUUUCGAGACGUCUUCUUCUCACACGAAACCGAAGUCGCAAAAGAACCGAGAACACAACCCGUUUUGCGUGGACGCGCUAAAGCUUUUAAAUGUAUUCGCCUGAUGUUUCACUCAGAAUUAUAGAACUAGCUUGCGCUGACGCUUUCACAUUUUCCCGACCGAUUGCUCCACGCUCGCCAGCGCUUAGGUUCGUAGGAAAUUAGUUUUCAGUGUAGCAUGUCUAAUAAUCUUUCGUUAUUAAUUUGAUCCGAGUGAAUCCUUAUAACAGUAAUGCGAUCGUGUCAACCGGGCGUUCGGUAAGAUUCCUCUCAUUGCCUGAGUUGAUGAGACUUGACUGAGGGUAAUUUAAGUGUGCGGUCUUCUUCCGAACGGAGCAAUGUGGAACUGAAGGCAUUUAACGCAGUGAUCGGUGAGUAGGCUACAGCGCGCUGUAAGCGAACGAUAGUCUCCCUACUUGAGAUUACUGAGAAUGCGCUAUAUGCAGCGAAUUAGCUGAAGCGGAACAGCAGGCUGACAUGGCCACGAGAUGAGAGAAUUGUUUUGGCGGGACAAAGCGCGAUGCGCACCCAGAUGCCGAAUCACUUUUGUGCAGAAUGAGAACAAACAAACAAACAAAACAGAAAAGCAGAAAAGGAACUAAAUUCAUGGAUGCGUACAUACUUGUGGCAAAGUGUUUUAGAACACUUCUUUUUUUUUUAGUGUCUUGUACGAUGUACGCUUGUGAAACUACGCUUCAAGCAGCCUGAAUGUCAACCAACAGGAACUGUGACACCCAGACUGUGGAAGGCCACGCUGUAUUUUUUCGUUUGACCUCUGGUUGCCUUGUCUUGUUCGCAGCGGACCAGACCUGGAAAGGGAGGGGUUGAAAAAUGACAGAAAUGUGCCAGAGACAGGGUGAUCAGGAAUGCUACAGGAAGUAGCAGAAAGCCAAUUCCCUCUCUUGUUAAUAAGCCCAAACUAAACACAUCCUUGUGUUUUCAGCGAUUGCUUCUGCCUCGCUGCUGGCUGGACCAGAGUCUCCCUCCAUCUAGCCUGUCCGUCAAGAGAUUUCAACAAAUGCCUCUUUUUCUAAAGCCAGCGCUGGUUUAUGAUACAUAAUUCUGCUGGAAAUGCUCAAAGACUGUACACUAAGCCUCUGUUUAGCUGAUACCCUGACCAGAACAGUGAGAGGCUUUAUUUUUGGCUCACAGAGAACUGGUUUAAAGACUCCAAGGCAUUAUCGCACGAUCGCAGAACAAUGGAUCGCGCUCGACUGUGUUAAUCGUGUUGCUGUGUGCAUCUGUGAUCGUGUCCGUGCCUCGGUAGGGUACGCGUGUGUUAGUUGCCCCUCCCAGUCCCCGCCCCUUGCAUGUGUCCACGAGUCGCUGUUUGUAGAUUUCACGAUCACACACUGGCACGUGAGGAACAUAAACGUUUAUCAGAAUGUUAGGCCGGAAACCCACCCCACGUACGUACACGAACGCAAAUGACAACGCCAGGCCACCGCAAACGAACAUCUGGGUCGUACACACUUACUGUAACGUGCGUUCUUAUGUCCCUGUGGGGGUAGUAAACCCAAGUCCUCGGGGGGUGAUCCAGGACAGUUGCGAAAGACCAAGUGGUAGACGGCACAAAUGGAAGAAGACUGCUUCAGCCUGUUGUUACCUGCUAUGGCGCCCCCCCUCGCUUCGAAGCUCGGAACUGCGACUCGCGCUUACGCUGUGUUGGGUGACACACUUCAGAACGCAGCGACUUUGCGGUAGCUCGAAGCGUCCGCGUUCGCGUACUUACGUAGGGUGUGUUACAGGCCUAAGUAUGUACGCGGACGCUUCGAGUGACACAGAGUCGGUUUCACGCGUAGCUGUGUUCUAAAAUGCGUCACCUGAAAUUCUUAACGCAACGCUAGCUUGAACUGCAGGUGUCAAGAGUCGCAGUGAGGAGCACUGUAGCAGACAACAACAGGCCGAAGUAGACUUCUUUUAUUUGGGCAUUCUUCCACUGAGCCUCUCUCACAACUGUUCUGGAUACUUGAGCUGUCGGCUUUAUUCAGAACGCACCUUGAGUACGUACAACCAGGACGUGCGUUUGCAGUGCGUCGGCCUGGCGUUGUCAUUAUGCGUUUGUGUACACACGUGGCUUGCGUUUUCGCCAUUUUGCUUUACAGUGAAAUGCGCAAGUCGUUCUUAAUGCCUUCCACUUCAAUUUUAGGCGGUAGAUAACCAAAGAAGGACACAAUUUUGAAGGGGUUUGAGAACAACGAAAAACAAAAACGGAAAAGACGUACGUUUGGGUGACUGAGAUACUGCCAGUCGCGUUUCAUUAACCCCAUUUAUGUUUGCCAACACGUUACAAUACAUCUUCAGGUAACCAUUGGCCUUAUAGAUGUCUUCUAAUUUUAGAAUAUUGUAUGUAUUUCAAAUUAAAGAUAGAGAAUAGCCUAUAGUCUGCCAUAUGUGUAUGUAUGUAUAUAUGUGUGUGUGUGUGUGUGUGCGCGCAUGUGUCUGUGUAAGUGAGAGUGUGUGUAUGCGUGUGUCUGUGUACACUCACGCAUACACAUAUGUAUAUAAUAUACAGCAAAUCUAUUAUCUAGUGAAUGUUGUGUCUAUUUGGCACUUUAUUGUGGACCUAUCACUGUAUAGGUUAAAUUCCUAAUUACUUGCGUAAUGUCAUAUAUUUUGGUGUGUUCUAUGUGGGGUACUGCUGCCUAUGGACAAAGACAUGUACCUCCGUCAGAUGAUGACACUUCCAUCGGUUUGCCAUACAAAUAUAGUAAAGAUAUAUAAUAAAAGUUUUGAAUCUCAUGCUAGUAGGUAAAAAGAGUCAUAUAUUACACAUGAAAUACAUUAUUUAUUUUAAAAUGUCACUAAUUCUUGAGGCCCUACCUCAGAUUUUGUAUUUAUGUACACAAAUGCAAUUUAUGUAUAUCUUUGCCAAAAUUAUGUCAUAAAUUAGAGUUUAUCCUAUAACGUAUAAGUUGUAAAACCUCCAAAUAAAUGUCAAUGUUUUCAGUGUCA